UUCGGUAAUCAUGGCAAGACAUCGAAUUCUCGGCUCAAUCCUUUCCAGAGCUCAGGCACUGCGCAAGUACGGGUCGUCAUUCGUGCAGAGCACCCGACUGGAGUACGUUUCCUACAGCACUCCGCGCAAUCAAAUGGAGGCGCCUCCAAUUGUGGUGAUGCACGACCUCAACCUUUCGCUGGAGUCCUGGCGCCAGGUGGCCAGCAAUCUGAGUCAGGAGGGUCUGCGCCAGGUGAUCACAGUCGAUGCCCGGAACCAUGGCAUUAGUCCGCACAUAUCCGGACACUCGCCGAUGCACCUGGCCGCCGAUGUGGAGGCCUUGAUGUCCCACCAGAGCCUGACCAAGAUCGUGGCACUGGGACACGGAAUGGGCGGCCGGGCGAUGAUGACACUGGACCUCACCCAGCCGCAGCUCGUGGAGCGGGUGAUCCUGGUGGACAUUACCCCGGCGCCGGUGCCCAGCAACUUCUAUCUCACCCGGCAGGUCUUCGAGAUGAUGCUCCAGGUGGCACCCACUAUUCCCUCGACCAUGUCCCUCUCCGAGGGUCGCUCGUUCAUCCUCCCACUUUUCCAGGAUGUGGUCCAAGAUGUGUCCGAACUCCAGCGAGUGGUCUACAAUCUGCGCAAAAUGCAGGACGAAACCUUUGGCUGGGCCGUGAAUCCACAGGCGGUGCUCAGUUCCUGGUCGGAUCUGAUGAUCGACUACGAGGCCACCCUGGGCGGACUGAGUCCCUACAUGGGCGAGGUGCUCCUCAUCGCCGGUUCCCAGUCGGAGUUCGUGACCUCGUCCAGUAUCGCCGUGAUGCAGAGGUACUUCCCGAACACGGUGGUGCAGAUUCUCGACGCGGGACAUUGUGUGUACGAGGAUCAGCCGGAACAGUUUGUGGAACUGGUCGUGGAGUUUACGCAAACAUGCUUAGUAUGCUAAAGAAUCGUUUCUAUUGAAGGAGCUUAAGCAGCUCCUUUUUACCCAUUUUUUUAUUGGAAUUGGACCAUUGAAUCCUGUUGAGUGAGUGCUGAAAUUUCAGCUUUCAAUACACUCCACAGAUAAUUGCGCUGUCAGCACAAUGGAAACCGCAGAAAAGGGGUGAAUGGCAGGGCGAUUUGUAGAGCUGCAGCCAAAAUCGAUGGGAAAUCAACGUGGCAGCCAAUCGAACCGAUACCCGAUACUCGACUCAGGUGCUCCAAGGAGCCAGAAGGAUUGGGACACAAAGAACAAUCCCUCACCCCGCCAAUUUGCCAAUAAGGCAGCUUGGGGGUGAGGCGAAAUGCGCCACAAUGCGAUACAAUUUAGAUUUAUAUGCUUUGUCUGAUUUAUUUGUGUUGGACGUGUGGGCGAUGGAGACGUCUGACUGGCUUUUGUGUCUGCCUGUGCUUCAAAUGUCGAUAAUCUGUGAGUGGAGUGUGGGCUAGUGGGCCACUCCUCCUUCGACCACCUUUCUACUUUGUAUUUUCGCUGAAAUUGAGUCAUGACUGAGAUUUGAAUGUGCAAGUGUACACAGGAAAGCCUUGAAGUUGUUUAUCCGAAACCCUUGUCCUGGUGCCUUUGUUCUGGCUAUAAUGAGGAUUACGUGAAAUUUCAUUAUGCUGCGUAAUAAAUAAGUAGCAAGUCAAAUAAACAGGGACUAGCAAACACGCUCCCACACAUUCCGCAAAUGCAGGGGAAUGUACACGAACAUUUCAAAUGGAUGUACG